AGGCGUGGGCUUCUGGUGAUUUGGGCUGACAUUUCUGACCACUGGAUCAAAUCCCAUUGAUUAGAACAUCCUCUCGAGCUGACAGAGAACGGUCUCCCUGGCGACAUCCAGGCUGAUGGCGCGCUCUCUCUCUCCCGGCCCCCCACCCACUUCCACAUGGACCAGGCGCGCACACGAAACCUGCGCGCAGGUCUCAGCUGAGUUGCAUUUGCUUUGGAAGUGCCUUGAGCGCUGAUCGUGCUUGUAAAGACUUGUUAUUUACUGAGAACGCAACAAAAUCAAGCACUUUUUUAUUCCAGUUUACGUGUCGGCUGAUGGUAUGAACCAUCGCAAAUGAUUUUAGGAGAUACUUUUAUUACUUUUCCUCCUUAUGAAACUUGCCAGACUCAACAGGCAGUUGCAGAAAGUGAGUUGAUGCCAUAAGAGGGUCGAUUGCCGUCAGCUUCAGUUUUCUGCGUCUCCGCUCAGGAUGAACGGAACGUUUUUUAACCACACCGUGUUUACGCACGGCGUUCUGCUCAACCGCAGUCAAGAGCUCGCGGGGACACUAGUUGAUUGCUGCACGGGGAACGGGAGCGAGGUAACCGCGACCGACGGUGGCGGGUCUUUAGUUCUCGCUCAAGACGAACGCAAGCUGUUCGUUACGCGCGUGGUGCAGAUUGCGGUGCUGUGCGUUCUUUCACUCACGGUGAUGUUCGGGAUCUUCUUUCUCGGUUGCAACCUCAUGAUCAAGUCCGAAAGUAUGAUCAACUUCCUGGUCAAGGACCGGAGACCAUCCAAAGACGUCGAGGCGGUGAUGAUCGGACUGAGUUAGCCACCGGUGCCACCUGUAACCGGGCUGCAGGACAGAGUGACACCCGGUUGUCCUCAGACUGGGAGCCACGAAGAUAUGCAACUUACACUUUCACUCCCUUUGUGUUCUGAAAAGAAAAGGCGACGUGGAUGAACUGAAGCAAAGAUGACAGAUAUACAGCUGCACGUUUACAAAAUAAGAAUGUAUUUAUUCAUGUUUACGUAGCUUUUUGUAUUUGAGGUAUUUUUGCUUGUGAUUUUAUACAGUGAAGUGUUUACACGUUUUUACCUCAGAAAAAAAAAAUCAAAGUAUGUAUUUAUUAUUGCAGUACAUUUGUUAAAGUCUGCAAAUUACGCUACCGUGACUUAAGGGUGAGAGGGUUGGUCAAACGCAAAUUGUAGCCUUCUCUGGUGCAACUGUUCUAAAAGUUGGUUAUCUCACAUACUUAUAACAAAGUGAUAAACGACAACUUAUGAUUUUUCCGACGGACCCGCACAAAAUUGGUCUUAAUGGAAAGCGCAUGAGCAACGUGUUGUCAUGGUGACUUCCUUUGGCAAGCAAAAUGUAGCGACGUUAAAAUAAGCGGUCUGAUUUGUAUUAUUACUGAAAACCCUGUUGAAACGUAUAUAUGCUUGCAUGAAAAAAAUGUACAUUUAUUUAUUGACCCCCUAGGUGGUGGUGGAUGGGGGUUUCAAGCCUUAUUAUUAGAGAUAUUCUGACUUACCAAACCCACCAUCUUGGUUUGUACUAGACAAUCACAUCCAAAAGCAUGUUGUUUUGUGAACGGUGAUUUUUGCACCUUGCAUUGCAGAUGUUUUGAUUUCGAGGAUGUCAAAAUGUAUUUUUCUUCAAGUUGAACUUGUGGCCGAGAGCACGUGAGGGGGGGAGAUGUUCAUCUGGUGGGACACUUGCACGUUUUCAAGCACUCAUUUCCCAAUCACACCGGUGACGUCUCUCCCUCUGCAUGCGCGAUGCUCGGUGUGUCAGGCACUUUCUAAGUAACACCUCAAUGCUGCAUGGAGUAUUUUGUAAACUGUAUUGACUUGCAAACUUGAAGUUGUGCAGCAUGCUUUGAAUAAAGUUGUUUAGAACAUUG